GAAGACGUUGUUAAAAUGUGUCAGAUUAACACGCUGAUCAAGCCCAAUUGGGCUAUACAAUCGCACUUUUUGCUGAGUGGAGUAGAGAAAUUGACUGGUACAGCAAACAUACGAAAGAGAUGCAUUGUAGGUAAAAUCAAGAACCGGCAGAAAAUGUCUCGCAGAUAUGAUUCCAGGACGACCAUCUUUUCGCCAGAAGGGCGAUUGUAUCAGGUGGAGUAUGCGAUGGAGGCCAUUGGCCACGCGGGAACCUCCCUGGGUAUCCUAGCAUCAGACGGCGUGUUGCUGGCCGCAGAGAGACGGAACACACACAAGCUGCUGGACGAGGUUGUCUUCUCCGACAAGAUCUACAAACUCUAUGAUAAUAUGGCCUGCAGUGUAUCAGGGAUCACCUCAGAUGCAAAUGUCCUCACAAAUGAACUCCGACUCAUAGCACAAAGAUACUUACUCCAGUACCAAGAGUCCAUGCCAUGUGAGCAGCUGGUCAGCACGUUAUGUGACAUCAAACAGUUCUACACACAGGCCGGAGGCAAGAGGCCGUUUGGUGUAUCCAUCCUGUACAUGGGAUGGGACAAGCACUACGGUUUCCAGCUCUACCAGAGCGACCCGAGCGGCAACUACGGCGGCUGGAAGGCGACGUGUAUCGGAAACAACAGUGCAGCAGCAGUAUCCUUACUGAAACAGGAAUAUAAACAAGAAGGGGUGGAUUUGAAGGCAGGACUGCAACUGGCUCUGAAGACUCUCAGCAAAACACUGGACAUGACCAAGAUCACACCAGAGAAAAUCGAAAUAGCCACGCUAACACGGGAGGACAACAAGACGAAGAUCCAAAUCCUACCGCUGAGUGAGCUGCAGGCAGCCAUCAAACAGUACGAAGAAGCUGAGGCGAAGAUUGAAGCAGAGAAGAAGAAGGAGAAAGACAAAUCCUCCUCAUCAUAAAAACAACCGAUGUUCAUUCUGUGAUCUGUGACUGUUAAUUGCCUUCUGUUCUCAUAAAGUUACUUUUAUUAUUAGUCCACAAAAUAUUCAACACUACGGACUGCCUGUGACAUUUUGAAGCAUUGCUGGCAAGCAUUGCAUUACAGCCUUCAUGUAUGUCAUGUUUUAUGAAAACAGGACAAGACACUUAACUUACCCUAACUCCCUAGGCAUUUUUAGAGAAAUCUUCCCUGAUUCUCCAAAUUUGAUCAGUGUGGACUGGUGAACUUUAACGUUCAAGUUGGAAGAAGUAGGGCUUGGUUCUAUCUUCCUUAUUCCUACAAAACCCCAAAAAAUUCCAGAUCCAUUUUGAAGAAUCUUGGAGGUUAGGGUUAAUGCUUUCACGGUAAUCCAGAUAUUUGUCGUUUGUCUUACUCCGAUAUUGCCUCUGUUUGAAUAUUUUUUAUUUCUUUUUGUCAAAAAUGUCAUUUUGCAAAGAAAACACCUACAUGUGUAGUGCAUUGAAAAUAGAGAAGUAGCCAGAAUAAGUCAGUUUUGUUCACAUUAUUUUUUGUAUUUCUGUAUUUUCUGCUCAUUUUUCUUUAGAGUGAGUCUGAAUUCCAUAAAUGUGCAGAACUUUCAAAUGUGUCAUUACAUGGUAAUAAAUGGAGUUUUUCAUUGUAACUACAAAAAGCUACAAUGUGUAAUUUUAAAAAUACUGUUAUUCUUUCUGUAUUGAGGAUAGUCACUUUUUGUUUUUGAAAUGAAAAUAUAAAAUACACCCCUUUACGUCUAGAAUUUAAUAGCAUUUUGCAUGAAUGCGUUGUUUUCAUUUGGUAGUUUGAAUGUACAUUUUGGUUUGUCAGGGAACAAAGUGCUUGCUUUGAAAAUUUUGUAUGUGACAUGGAUA